AUGGUCACUUCUUGCUCCCAAAGGCCCUCCUCCAAAUACUAUCACAUCGGGAACCAGGGCUUCAACAUAUGCAUUUUGCGGCGUCCGCCCCACCCACCCCGAGCCCGAGGCGGGGCUGUGGAUGUAGCCGCUGAUUGGCUGACUGGGGCGCAGCUUGAUGGCGUCGGGCUGGAGAGCCGCAGUCCCGGCUGCAGCACCUGGGAGAAGGCAGACAGUGUGAGGGGGCCUGUGGCCCCAGCGUGCUGUGGCCUCCGGGAGUGGGAAGUGGAGGCAGGAGCCUUCCUUACACUUCGCCAUGAGUUUCCUGAUCGACUCCAGCAUCAUGAUUACCUCCCAGAUAACCUUGCCUCGUACUUACUCAACAAAAGUGAAGCCAAAAGAUACUAUUUUUUGGAUUUGGGUGGCUUUUCUUCAUGCGCCAAUUGUUUAAAGACUAUGAGGACGGGAGGCCAAGGGGCUGGGAUGGCAGGUGCCGUGAACAGCGAGCGCCCAGAGUUGGCCAAAAGCACAGCGGAGGUGCAAAUCCAGCCAAGAAACAGAAAGAAUUGUGGUAGACGGACAUGGAACAGAUUGGAGCCUCCGGAAGGAACCAACCCAGCAGUCCAGGGAACCUCUUCACUUGGACUUCUGACAUCUAGAACAAAUAUCUGUUGCUCUAAGCCUCCUGGUUAGUGGUACCUGUUAGGGCAGCCCCAGGAAGCUAAUGCACCAACCCAGAGUCCUCUGUGUUUUGUUCCCAAACCUGCUUAUACCAGUUGCCUUUGUUAUUGUAAUAAGGUAAUUGAGUUAAACGUUACAUAAGCCCAUCGCUCUAAGUAUGAAAAGAGAGCUGCAGCUCUGAAAACCGCAUCAACUGCUUUGGAAAGAAUAGAUAAAGGUAAGUUCUUAAAUCUAUUGCAGUUGAAUUAGGUUGGGCAAGUCAACCAUGAAAGAUUGGAAAAUAAAUCAUAUGAAUCUAAAAGGAUUCUAACCUCAGAUUAUUUUAUAUGUGACUUCAAGUUCUCAGUCCACCCCAAAGAAACCUAAACUAGAAAUGAAAGAUUGAAUAUUACGAGUGUGUUUUAUGAGAGGGAGAGAGAGAUUGGAAUUCCAAUCAGGGGAACUGUGCUCAAAGAAAAGGGCUUUGCCUUAUAGCAAAUGACUAACAAAAUGACAUCGUGUUAUAUGUUUCAUGUUAAAACGAAAAUAUGUAUGGCACCCAUGUUGCAUUUUUUUAUCUUUCCCCACUUUGUCCAACUUUCACUUAACCAAAUAACCCAGUUAUGUCAGUUUGGAGGGUUUUUCUCGACAUCCAAGCUCUUUCUCCAAAGUCUGGCUGUGCUUUGAAAAAAAUCCUAAGCAAAUGGAAGAGGGAAAAAAGAUCUUAGAUUCUUGGCGUCUGUGUAUUUGGCCACACUUGUGAGCACCCCAUAGCUGUCCUCCAAAUUCUACUUGCUAUUAUUAUUUAAUGAUUCAUUCACCUGUUACUGUCAUUUCCUGGCUAUGGAGAUUUCCUCCUCAGCUGCCAGUUCCCUGAAGGCAGGGCCCUAUCGCAUAGCUUGUUCACAUAAGAGUCCUUCCCUGCACGGUGUUUGUAAACAUAAGCUGACGCUUUUAGGCACCGUCUCCAUAGCUUGUUCACAUAAGAGUCCUUCCCUGCACGGUGUUUGUAAACAUAAGCUGACGCUUUUAGGCACCGUCUCCAUAGCUUGUUCACAUAAGAGUCCUUCCCUGCACGGUGUUUGUAAACAUAAGCUGACGCUUUUAGGCACCGUCUCAGGUUCCAUCGACCACCUUCAUCUCCCCUCUCUCUUGGUUAGUGUCCCCAGCCCACUAAGUUGUCCCUCCAAGAUAAAACUUGGAUAAAAUGUCACAAUACACAGUGAUGGGUGGGUCUGGCUUCCCCUAUAGCUGCUGGAGGAGCAAUGACAGCAUUCAAGCGAUCAUGGAAAUUAGCUCCCAAUGGAAAAUAGGAGGCCAGAGGGACAGAUAGGUCCCCACCCCUCCUCCUCUUCACAGACAUCCCCAAGGUACCAUCUCCCUUUGCGAAUCUUCCAGAGAAGGCCCGUGUGCUGAGCAAACACACCUGUUGGCUUCUUCACGGCUCUUUCUCAUGCCUGCUAGUUUCUUUGCGGCUCUUUGUGGAAGACGGAAGAGCAAGGUCACGCACCCCAGCACCAGCUCUGUACUUUCUCUUGCCUGGCCUCCAUCUACCCCUCACUCACCACCUUGGGCUUGCACCUUCCAAAUCCAGGAUCUGCAUUCGAACCCUUGCUUCAGGCUCUGCUUUCCAGGUGAUGCAAAGACUCAUGUAAAUGGUUUGAUGGAUGUUGCAGAGACAAAUGCAAGUGCUCAGCCAGGUCUCCAGCUCAAGAAACAUCUCAGGAAGGAGUGAAAAGAGGUCACUGUGAGAGCAAAUCCAGCUGGUGGUUAUGAGAAUGUGGAAUGUGGGGGUGAUGGAGCUCCGCUUCUACUGACUCUUCAGAAGGUUCCCAGGAAUCCACGGAGUCCCAGAGUCUUUAGGAAAAGAAGGAUCUUGUGAGGUCAUGUUGUCCAGUUCUCAUCUGACAGAAAGAAUCCAUUCCACCAUCCUAGAAACCCAAAUACUCAUCAUGAUCAAAAGCACUCCUGAAACCCAGGCGUCUCCACCCUACGGCAUCUUUCUUUCUGUUGUGCUUGAAGUUCUCCCCACUGUCCUCCUGACUCAGUCCCUCCUUACACGUUAAAGCCAUGGUCACCGGCCUGUCCUUGGUUUCCAUUACCUGGCACACUAUGGCAAAGCCACUGCUCGUGGCCACCAGACAGGUCGAGGCAGGCACUGGGGCCAAUCCCAUUCCUUGCUAUGCCUGAUGCCCUUCCGUGCCUGAUGCCCCUCUGUCAUCUCUUUGUUUGCACAGCUGUGACCUGCAUUGUCUCCACUAACGACAGCGUCCUUAACCCGGACAGUGACCCAGCAAGUGGCAGCCCACGCUCGCCGGCCGGGUCCAAGUUUUAAGUAAAGAAGCCAUUUGUUCCCAGGCUCAUUUUUAUCAAGGCUCGUCUGUCUUUCCAAAUUAGGGCUGAGUCAUUUAUAAAGCAUGUGAGUGUUUGGAUGUUAGCAGCAAACAUUCAUCCAUUUUAGAAUAAAUGAUUAAAAGGCACUCAUUAAAUUCCUCUGUUGACUGAUGCCAAGGCCCCGAGAACGGAUUGGCCUGUUGGCUUCUGGCUGGCCUGACUGCCAUCCCACCUACUGAGAACUCUCGUAGACUCUGGAGAGAAAAUUCCUGCUCGAGGGGACACCCUGAUGGAAGAUAACAGGAAGGAUGGCACUCAGGCCUGUUCCCCCAAUAUUACAACACAGUUAUCUACCUUCAGAGUGGCCGCACCCAACAGACUCUUGGUGAGUGGGAGGACAACCCCUUCUCCCCUCCAAAGAUCUAGGGACAAUGUGUGCCAUUCCUUCCCAUGGGCAUGGGGAAUGUUUAACUCAAAAGUCAAGGGAAUAAUUCCAUAAUGACUGAAAACUAAGUAUUUCCAGUCCUGAUAAGAAUGGCGCUCUGUGCCCACUCCAGGAAUACAAGAAUUGGCAAGACUCUCCUGUGGCCCCUGCCCUGGAAGGUAGAAGGUAAAAGAUCAUACACAGACAGGUAAACCAACUCCCGAACAGAACUGGGAGCCUCGGACCACAGGCUCUGACCCUUUGCUGGCCAGCAGGUGCAGAGGGAAGGAGCUUCUGCUGUCCUUGCCCCCAGCAAAUGUCCAUCCUCACCACAAGGGAACAAACCAUGCCCAAUGCCUCGUUGGGGGCACUGGCGCCCCUUGAAUGUAUCCUCUCUAGGAUCCUUGGCCCCACCCACCUGUUUGCCAUCUCCAAAGGUCCUUUCUUAAUGUCUUUAAUUUGGAUGGCUCUGACAGCUCCCCACGGCUGGCCUGAGAAAAUCGCACACUCCUCUGCAUGCCAUUUAUCAGGUCACAGCGUGAGUUUCCCGGGCCCUCCUUCCACUAAAAAAACAUUAAAACAUAUAUAUUACAAUGGCAUUGGUAAACAGGAACCUAUUGAUUUAUAUACUGAAAACAUUUUUCCUCAACCUAAAAGUUCAUGUAUUUCGUUUUGAUUUUAAAAGCAAUUGAAACAUUUCGUGAGUCCUGAAAUCACUGUGGGCCCGAGGCACUGAGCCACCAUACCCGAUACUGAAGGGGGUCUAGGUCAGUCCUCUCUGCAGCCGUCCAGCCGCAGGUUCCCCCUGGGAGCUGCCCUUCCAGGCCUCCCUGCCUGUGCUGCUGCUGCUGCUGCUGCUGCUGCUCCUGCACCCUCAAUGCUGCCUCAUCCUUCUCUGCCACGAAACGUCCUACAAAGGUGUUAAGCCCUGGACCUAGUGUGAUGCUCCCAGGCCCUGGAGGCAGCAUCUGUGCAUCUUCUUUGCCCUCUGCCACCACUCUGACCCCCUGCAAGCCCAGACAGACAACGGUGUCUUCCUGACCAGGUGACAGGAUCCUGCAUUCAUCCCACAAACGCCUCCUGGGCACUGCCUGUGGGGAUGCAGGAAGGAUCUAAUAAAUGGCCUGGCCGAUGCUUUGUA